GAACUUAUCGAAUGCAGUCCCACUGGAUUGCUCAUCAUCUGGAUUGACUAAAAAACGAGGACAUGGCAGGCGAGGAUUUGAUAGCCCGGUUCCAGGAGCUCGGCAUGAGCGAGCAGAAGGCCAAGGAGACCCUUAAGAAUGCCAACGUGACGAAAAAUCUUCAGCUGGCGCUGGCGGAAGUGGGUGCGGGGACAGCCUUAGGAGAUGGGACCGGCAUGCUUAUUUACCACUUGGCUUCGAAGUUGAAACCGCAGACAGCGGAGCACCUGCCUCUUCUGGUGCGCUACAUUGUGGAGCGCAAGCUGGACAAUACACAGCGAGUCGACGCCGCUCUGGAGUACGUGCUUAAGUGCGGACAAAAAUUAAAGGCAAGCAUUGACCUUCAAGAGCUGGACAAGGAGUGCGGAGUGGGUGUAGUCGUCACCUCUGAGGAGAUCGAACGCGCCGUGCAGUCCAAGAUCAAGGCCAGCUACAAGGAGAUUCUGCUGCAACAGCGGUACCAUUUCAACUCCUUCAAGAUUCUGCAGGACGUAAGAAGUGAGCUGAAGUGGGCAGAUGCGAAGUCGGUCAAGGCAGCUAUAGAUGUGGAGAUAUUUGACUUGUUGGGUCCCAAAACGGAGGCGGAUCUUAAGCCUCCGCCCAAGCAAAACGAGAAGCCCAAGGCGCAGGCCAAGCCAAAGCCGGAGGCUGCUCAACCGUCUGCAACGGUUGAAGCUACCUCCGAUGGGGCCACCACGAUUGCGGAACUAAUGAAGACCAAGGUUCACUUUCAUGCGCCCGGGGAGAACUUCAAAACUGAUGGCUACGUGGUCACCGAGCACACGGAGAAACUGCUCAAGGAGCACCUUAAGAGAACUGGCGGUCAGGUGCAUACUCGCUUUCCCCCGGAACCCAAUGGAAUCUUGCACAUUGGGCACGCCAAGGCGAUCAAUAUCAAUUUUGGCUAUGCAGCUGCUCACGACGGCGUCUGUUAUUUGCGCUACGACGACACUAAUCCGGAGAAGGAGGAGGAAAAAUUCUUUGUAGCGAUUCGGGAGAUGGUCGAAUGGCUGGGCUACAAGCCCUAUAAGAUAACAUACUCUUCAGACAACUUCCAGCAGCUGUAUGAAUGGGCUGUGCUUCUCAUUAAGAAGGGAUUGGCGUACGUCUGCCACCAGAAGGCCGAAGAACUGAAGGGCUUCAACCCUCCACCCAGCCCUUGGCGCGAACGUCCCAUUGCCGAGUCCCUGCAACUGUUCGAAGAUAUGAAGCGGGGUAAGAUUGACGAGGGAGCGGCCACUUUGCGACUCAACCUGACUCUGGAGGAGGGAAAAGUGGAUCCGGUGGCCUAUCGCAUCAAGUUCAUCCCGCAUCAUCGUACCGGUACCGCCUGGUGCAUUUAUCCCACCUAUGACUACACGCAUUGUCUGUGCGACUCCCUGGAGGACAUUACCCAUUCACUGUGCACCAAGGAAUUCCAGUCAAGGAGAUCCUCCUACUACUGGCUUUGCAAUGCCCUGGGUAUCUACUGCCCUGUGCAGUGGGAAUACGGUCGACUGAACAUGAACUACGCUCUGGUGUCGAAGAGGAAGAUAGCAAAGUUAAUUACGGAACAGAUUGUCCACGACUGGGAUGAUCCCAGGCUCUUUACUCUGACUGCUCUGCGGAGAAGGGGCUUCCCCCCGGAGGCUAUCAAUAACUUCUGCGCCCAGAUGGGAGUCACUGGAGCCCAAAUAGCCGUAGACCCAGCUAUGCUAGAGGCAGCAGUUCGAGAUGUACUCAACAUCACGGCGCCACGCCGUCUAGUUGUACUGGAACCCCUGAAAGUCACCAUCAAGAACUUCCCGCACAAGUCGCCCGUGCAGUUGGAUGUGCCUGAUUUCCCUCAGAACCCGCAGCAAGGCUCACACAAGAUUACUCUGGACAAGGUGGUGUAUAUCGAGCGUGGAGAUUUUAAAUUGGAACCCGAAAAAGGCUAUCGCCGAUUGGCCCCUAAGCAAUCUGUGGGCCUCCGACACGCAGGUCUGGUAAUCUCUGUAGACGAAAUCGUUACGGAUCCUGCAACCGGUGAUGUCGUGGAACUCAUCUGCUCAAGCCAAUCCGCCGAACAGGCGGAAAAACCCAAAGCAUUUGUGCAAUGGGUGUCGCAGCCAAUUCCACUGGAAGUUCGACUUUACGACCAGCUGUUCAAGCACAAGAAUCCUGAGGACCCUAAUGAGGUGCCCGGCGGCUUCCUCAGCGACAUCAGCGACCAGUCCAUGACUGUAGUGAGAGCGUUCGCAGAUCAAUCGCUGCGGCAGGCGAAGGUCUACGACAAGUUCCAGUUCGAAAGGAUUGGAUUUUUCUCCGUGGACCCAGAUACCACUAAGGACCGCAUAGUCUUCAACCGCACUGUUGGCCUUAAGGAAGACGCCGGAAAAAAAUGAUUGCCGAGCACUCCAACAAUAUCUAGGAAUCCACUCAUAAACAAAACGAAAAGAGCGAUAUGUCGCAAUAAAAAUUGGUUUAUAAAAUCA